UUCGCAAGCGAGUCGAGGAGUCGAGGAGUCGAGAGUUUCAGUUUAAAAAAUUGCAUCUUUUGGACGUGUUGCUCAAUGACAACUCUUAAAGAUGUUACGAUUUGAUUGAGUAGCUAUUUGAUUGCUUUUUAACACGAUUGCUUAGUUUAAAUUACUCUGAUUUGUCCCCCACAAACAGAAUUGCGAUGUCGUGACUUAACACACUACCAGCUACAAACUGUUUACCCGCCAAGAAAUUGAUUACGAUACUCGGAUAGCUAGGAUUAAAAUGGACUCCGAAUGUGGUGAAGAGCAGACGGCCCUGGCUGGGACCAUCAAGGCCAUAGACAAGGGAUCUGUCCACAGAAUCUGCUCGGGGCAAGUGGUACUGACAUUGGCUACAGCAGUCAAGGAACUCAUUGAAAAUAGCAUUGAUGCUGGUGCUACUACUGUAGAAGUAAAAUUACGAGACUAUGGAAGCCAAUUGGUGGAAGUCGUUGAUAAUGGAUCGGGUGUGGAGGAGAAGAAUUUCGAAGGACUCACCUUGAAGCAUCACACCUCCAAACUGCAGGACUUUUCUGACCUUGUAGGCGUGGAAACUUUUGGAUUUCGAGGAGAGGCUUUGAGCUCUUUGUGUGCGUUAAGUGGACUGACUGUAGUGACCAGACACUCAAGUUCAGAUGUAGGGACGAAAUUGGAGUUUGACCAUAAUGGCAAAAUUUCACAGAAGACAGCUCAGGCCAGACAGGUCGGAACCACCGUGACCCUUCAGAAUAUUUUCUCCACGCUGCCCGUGCGACAUAAGGAGUUCCAGCGGAACAUCAAGAAGGAGUUUGCCAAGAUGGUGAAUGUGUUGAAUUCCUACUGUAUCAUCAGUACCAACGUACGAAUCACCUGUUACAACCAGACUGUCAAGGGUCAGCGGUCUAUUGUGGUGUCCAGUAAGGGCAACAGUAUCCUGAGAGAAAACAUCUCUAAUGUGUUUGGACCUAAACAGCUAAAUAAUCUACAGGAAAUAAAACAAAUCAGUCCAAAUGAAGAGGUGUCGUGUGAGUACAGCCUGGGGUCCUCCUCCCAAGGAAACGUCCCUUUUAGGCUGGAAGGCUACGUUUCUAAAUGUGUCCAUGGCCAAGGUCGUAGCAGUGCUGACCGACAGUACUUCUUCAUCAACAAACGUCCAUGUGAUUCAACCAAGUUGUCCAAAGUGAUAAACGAGGUGUACCACCAGUACAACAGACACCAGUAUCCCUUUGUGGCCCUGAACGUUACCAUGGCGAGGGACACCGUCGAUGUCAACGUUACCCCAGACAAGAGACAGAUCUUCAUGCAGGGGGAGAAACUCCUGUUAGCAACUGUUAAGACAUCCCUGCUUACUCUGUAUCAGCAGACAGUAGGUGUGCUGCAGUUCAAACCAGUUCCGAUGAGUCUCAGUACAGGUACACUGAAGGAUGGGGAUGUCACGACCAGUCUCAGUACAGGUACACUGAAGGAUGGGGAUGUCUCGCCCAGUCUCAGUACAGAGAGUUCAACGAAAGUCUGGCAGGCAAGGAAUUACCUGAACAGAACGACAGAAGGACAGGUUUCAGCAAGUUCUGAUAUGUGCUUCAGUUCUCUGAGUCGGCUGAAGAGAACUUACGCCAGUGUGUUUUCUACACCUGAUGACUCGCCUAGUAAGGAACAAGUGUCUAAACAGAGAAAACUUGAUACCUUUGUCACUAGGAAUAUCUCGUCACCAUCGGACAGUGACCUUGACCCCACUCAGACCAAGGUCACUUUGGAGGAUGACACCGUAAUUGUCCUGUCUGAGGAGGUGUGGGCAGGGUCACGAGCAGACAAGCCCACUGACUGUGAAUCAGGUAUAAGCUCAUCCAAGGAUACAUCAACAUCAGGUUCACAAGGUCAAAGUUCACAGGACACAAUGACAGUGGGGUCACAUGGUCAAAGUUCACAGGACACAUUGACGGAGGGGUCACAAUGUCAAAGUUCACAGGACACAUUGACAGUGGGGUCACAGGGUCAAAGUUCACAGGACACAUUGACAGUGGGCUCUCAAGGUCAAAGUUCACAAGGAACGUUGAUAUUAAGUUCACAGGAUUCAUUGACUCCAGGUUUUCGCUGUCAAGGGUCGGAGGAAACCGUGAAUUGGAAUUCACCCGAUCAAAAUAUAGAGGAUGAUUUCUCAUCACAAAGCGAGCACCUUGAACUUUUAACAAAGGAUGUUAAUGAAGAGAAUACAAGAAUAAUUACCUCAAAUAAUCAUUCUCAAAGUUUCAAAACCAGCUUAUCUGACAAUAAUUUGGACAUUUCUUUGUUUUCCUAUGGCAGUACAACACCGAGAAAUGUUGGUGAUUCCGAGCCUGUGUUUACGUCACUAACAAAAGCAGCUCUCUCUGUCAAACCAAUACACCAGACUUCUUCCCUGAGGAUGUCGGCCCCUAGUGGAGAUACUAAACCUGGUCCAUCUUCAUCUUCAUCAGCUGAUGACAGACUCCUACGAGGAGGAGACGAAACUGAAGUGACAGAAUUUGAAGAAUCUGAAGCUAAAGUCAAGCAUGAGAAAGCUGUGAAGUUUUGUAUGUCAAGCCUGCGGACAAAAGCCUCUAAAAGACAGCAAGCCUUGAAAGCUAAUAAAUCAAAAGAUCAGGAAUUUUAUCGUACAUUCCGUGCAAACAUCACACCUACAGACAACCAAUCUGCAGAAGAGGAAUUGCAACGGGAAAUCACACAGGAAAUGUUUGAAAAGAUGGAGAUCCUGGGGCAGUUCAAUCUUGGGUUCAUCGUUGUCAAAAAUAGAGAAGAUCUGUUCAUAAUCGAUCAACAUGCAACGGAUGAGAAAUACAACUUUGAACAGCUCCAGAAACACACAGUGCUUCAGAGUCAACGCCUUAUACAACCCAAGAACCUAGAACUGACAGCAAGCAAUGAAACAAUCCUGAUGGACAACCUUGAAAUUUUCCAUCAGAAUGGAUUUGAUUUUCUGAUAGAUGAACAAGCCCCACCAACACAGCGAGUGAAGCUUGUGUCUACACCUGUCAGCAAAAACUGGAACUUUGGGAAAGAAGAUGUUGAAGAGAUGAUUUUCAUGCUGUCAGAUUCUCCUGGUGUCAUGUGUCGACCAUCUCGAGUGAGGCAGAUGUUUGCCUCACGAUCUUGUAGGAAGUCUGUUAUGAUUGGCACGGCACUCAACAAAGCAGAAAUGAAAAAGCUAGUCACACAUAUGGGGGAGAUAGAACAACCAUGGAAUUGUCCCCACGGCCGACCCACCAUGAGGCACCUUAUCAAUCUCAAUAUGGUGCCAAAAUGAAUUAUGAGUGACGCCUUCUGUAAUGCAACAGGAAGUGGAUGAGGACUUCUAUAUAUAUGAGUGACGCCUUCUGUAAUGUAACAGGAAGUGUCUGAUGACUUCUAUACAUAUGAGUGACGCCUUCUGUAAUGUAACAGGAAGUGGAUGAUGACUACUGUAUAUAUGAGUGACGCCUUCUGUAAUGUAACAGGAAGUGGGUGAAGACUUCUAUAUAUAUGAGUGACACCUUCUGUGAUGUAACAGGAAGUGGGUGAGGACUUCUAUAUAUAUGAGUGACGCCUUCUGUAAUGUAACAGGAAGGGGGUGAUGACUUCUAUAUAUAUGAGUGACGCCUUCUAUAAUGUAACAGGAAGUGGGUGAUGACUUCUAUAUUUAUGAGUGAAGCCUUCUAUAAUGUUACAGGAAGUGAGUGAGGACUUCUAUAUAUAUGAGUGACGCCUUCUGUAAUGUAACAGGAAGUGGAUGAUGACUACUGUAUAUAUGAGUGACGCCUUCUGUAAUGUAACAGGAAGUGGAUGAGGACUUCUAUAUAUAUGAGUGACGCCUUCUGUAAUGUAACAGGAAGGGGGUGAUGACUUCUGUAUAUAUGAGUGACGCCUUCUGUGAUGUUACAGGAAGUGGGUGAUGACUUCUGUAUAUAUGAGUGCCGCCUUCUGUAAUGUUACAGGAAGUGGGUGAUGACUUCUAUAUAUAUGAGUGAAGCCUUCUGUAAUGUAACAGGAAGU